AUGUUCCUUAUAAUCAGCAUCUUUCUGGUAUAUUUUGCAAUUUGUGGUGAUUUCUGUAUUCCGACACAGGAUAUUGAGCCGCGUAAGUUUUUUUUGUUGGAAUUUGAAUUGUUGAGAAUCUGAAAUUCCAUCAAAACUCAUACAUUUCUUAGCCACCACACCGGAACCCACUACAAUAACAACAUCUACAAUUCUAAUAACAACAUCUACAAUUCUAGCAACCACACCGGAACCCACCACAAUAACAACAUCUACAACUCCAACAAGUACCUCGAGCACCUCGACCACGACCACGACAACUACGACAACCACAACUACAACAACAACCACAACAACAACUACCCCAGUUCUCUCGUGCAUCACAACUGAUUGGACAUUGAUCGACCGAGGCACCUACUCUUGGUGUAUCCGAGUUUACUGGGGCUAUACCACUUAUCUAGAUGUGGAUUCAGUCUGCCCAACUCUUCACGCAGACGCAGUGCGAAGCGGUUUUCAAACAGCCAGCGAAAUCGGAGUGGCAAGUGCAGCCGCGUUAGCAGAACGCAGUUACGCGCAACGUAUUUUCCUGGGUGCCCAGCGCGUAUCCUCAUGUGACUACCAACCGUUGAACGCCGUGUGCUCCGGAACCACUGCGUUUGUAUGGAAUGAUGGUGAGACCACUGGGACGGACGGUUUCGUAUGGGCUGGAGGUCAGCCGGAUAAUUUGUUAUACAAUUCGGGAACUGGAUUCUCGCAAAGAUGGGCGGUGAUGAAUACGGUAACUGCAUUGAUGGAUGAUAUUGGUAAUGACGAUCCAGUACACGGUGUUUUAUGUGGAAUGAAAGCUGAUUAUUAUUAA